ACAAUUGUCAUCCCGUCGCUCAUAUCAUCAUUGUAGUCUUCGCUUAUACAGACUGUUUUCUCUCUCUAAAAAUCCCUCUUUCUCUCUCUAACCUUGCUCGAUCUAUAUCAAUCGCAAAGAGUACAAAGAACAACAGCAGUGAUAUACAAAUCAUCUGCUGCAGUCAUCAUAUCACUCUAAUUCCAUCACCAAAGAGAUGAAAGAGAGUAGAAGUAGAGGCAGGUCCAAUAAAACUUCGAUAUCCUCUUCCAACGAUUCCCAGCCACUCGUUUUAAAUAUAGAGGAUUUCAAGGGGGGAUUUUCCUUUGAUGCAUUGUUUGGAAACUUGGUAAAUGAGUUGCUCCCAUCUUUUCAAGAUGAAGAAUCAGAAUCAGCAGAAGGUCACUCAAACAAUUCUGGAAAUGACACUUUGCCAAAUGGUAAUAUAAAAUCCUCUGAAGCUGGAAAAUGGUCACAAGGGGAUUCAAGCCCUUCAUUUCCAGAGGUGGAUGCUCUAUUGUCUUUGUUUAAAAAUUCCUGCACUCAGUUAGUUGAUCUGCAGAAACAGAUUGAUGGAAGACUUGACAAUCUCAAGAAAGAAGUUGCCUCCCAGGACUCAAAGCACCGGAAGACACUCACUGAGCUGGAAAAAGGCGUAGAUGGCUUAUUUGAAAGCUUUGCAAGACUUGAUUCACGUAUUUCUAGUGUUGGGCAAACUGCUGCUAAAAUUGGAGAUCAUUUGCAGAGUGCAGAUGCUCAGCGAGAUACUGCUAGCCAAACGAUGGAGCUCAUAAAGUAUCUGAUGGAGUUUAAUAGUAGCCCGGGUGACUUAAUGGAGCUGUCACCGCUUUUUUCUGAUGAUAGUCGUGUUGCUGAGGCUGCAUCAAUUGCUCAAAAAUUGCGAUCAUUUGCGGAGGAAGAUAUUGGAAGAAGGCAAAACAUGACGGUCUCAUCUGCUGAGGGUAAUGCAACUGCUAGCAGAGGAUUGGAAGUGGCGGUUGCUAAUCUUCAAGAAUACUGUAAUGAAUUGGAAAACAGAUUGUUAUCUCGGUUUGAUGCAGCAUCACAGAGGAGAGAACUUUCUACCAUGGCCGAGUGUGCUAAAAUCUUGUCUCAGUUUAACAAGGGCACCAGUGCCAUGCAACAUUAUGUAGGACUGCGCCCGAUGUUUGAUGUGGAGGUCAUGAAUUCAGACACUGCAUUACUUCUUGGUGACCAAGAUUCACAACCUAGUCCGAGCAAUGUCUCUCGGGGACUAUCUUCACUUUACAAAGAUAUUACUGAUACUGUGCGUAAAGAAGCUGCUACCAUAACGGCUGUAUUCCCUUCUCCAAAUGAUGUUAUGUCGAUCUUGGUUCAGCGAGUCAUGGAGGACCGUGUUCCCAAACUACUCGAGAAACUUUUGGAAAAGCCAUCUCUUAGUAACCCACCUCCUCUUGAAGAAGGUGGACUUCUAUUAUAUCUUAGACUGCUAGCUGUGGCAUACGAGAAAACCCAGGAACUUGCUAGAGAUCUGCAUGGUGUUGGGUGUGGUGACUUGGAUGUUGAAGGCCUGACAGAGUCUUUGUUUUCUCCUCACAAAGAUAUGUAUAUCGAGUAUGAGCAAGCGUCUCUGAAACAACUCUACAAAGCUAAGAUGGAGGAAUUGCGUGCGGAGAACCAGCUAUCCUCUGAAUCAAGCGGAUCAAUAGGACGUUCUAAAGGAUCUUCAAUACAGUCUUCUCAGCAGAUAUCUGUUACUGUGGUGACAGAGUUUGUUCGAUGGAAUGAAGAGGCAAUUACUAGAUGUUCUUUGUUUUCGUCUCAGUCCACCACACUUGCGGCGAACGUAAAACCCAUGUUCACUUGUCUUUUAGACCAGGUUAGUCAAUACACAACAGAGGGUCUUGAACGUGCUAGAGACGGCCUCACUGAAGCUGCAGCUUUGAGAGAAAGGUUUGUGCUUGGCACAAACCUUAGUCGAAGAGUGGCUGCUGCAGCUGCUUCCGCUGCAGAAGCUGCAGCUGCUGCCGGAGAAAGCAGUUUCCGAUCUUUUAUGGUGGCGGUACAGCGUUGUGGCAGCAGUGUUGCUAUUGUUCAGCAAUAUUUUUCGAACUCAAUAGCUCGGCUUUUACUCCCUGUCGAUGGUGCGCAUGCUGCUGCUUGUGAGGAAAUGUCAACAGCUAUGUCCAGUGCAGAAGGUGCUGCCUAUAAAGGGCUUCAGCAAUGCAUUGAGACGGUCAUGGCAGAGGUGGAACGGUUGCUUUCAGCUGAACAAAAAGCAACAGAGUAUCGCUCACCUGAUGAUGGGCUCAUUCCUGAUCAUCGUCCAACAACUGCGUGCACGAGGGUUGUUGCAUAUCUUUCCCGUGUGCUGGAGGCAGCUUUCACUGCACUUGAUGGCCUUAACAAACAAGCUUUCCUUACUGAAUUGGGAAACCGCUUGCACAAAGGUCUGAUUAAUCACUGGCAGAAGUUCACUUUUAACCCGAGCGGCGGGCUGCGGCUUAAGCGUGACAUCACUGAAUACGGGGAGUUUGUGCGCAGUUUCAAUGCACCUUCUGUGGAUGAGAAGUUUGAAUUAUUGGGCAUCAUGGCCAAUGUCUUUAUUGUUGCUCCGGAGAGCUUGUCAAGUCUGUUUGAGGGUACUCCAAGUCUUCGGAAAGAUGCACAAAAAUUCGUCCAGCUUAGAGAGGACUACAAAAGUGCAAAACUUGCUUCGAAGCUUAGCUCUCUGUGGCCCAGCUCUUAAUGCAUUUUGUGGUAUGGUUUUGACAAUCUAUGGGUAUUGGUACUUCAGCUUCAUUGCCCAGUUCACACCCAUCUGUGAGUUCAUGAUUACGAUGCCUUGUUCAAGACUUCAGGUCAAACAAAGUUAGAUACCUGUGGCUAAGUUUAUUCUGUGGAUAUAUAACUCCUUAGGUACAUUAUCAGGAAUAGAAAAUUACCUAUAAGUAUUACUAUGUGGCUAAGUUUAAAUUAUUAGUAUUUUUUACUUUAAAUUGUCACAACUUCCAAUUUUUCCCCGAGUGUACAUUUCUGCGACUAUAUAGGUUAUGAAUUAUUUCUAUCAUGUUUACUUUAA